UCAUGGCCUCUCAGUCUCACCCUCUCUUCUUUCCUUCCCUUUUUCCCAGAAAAAUUUCUUCGAUUUUCAUACUCAAUUCGUCAUUUCUCCCUCUCUUCUUCGAUAUGAAAUCCAUUUUCUCCAAAGAUUCCUAAGCUUCGCAGAUUUUUCCUCAUUCUUCUUCAAUGGCGGCUGUUUAUUCCAUUUCAUUCUCAACAUUAAACCAAUGUUCUGAUAGAAGACUGCCAGUUCCAUCCGCUCGUUCACUUGCCUCCAAUUUCGACGGAUUUCGUUUUCGUACGAGCGUUUUCAGCCAUUAUUCCCGAGUUCGAGCAUCCACCUUCAGUUCGAGCAUGGUCAUUCAUUGCAUGUCCGCCGGAACAGAUGUGACCACUGUAGCCGAGACAAAAUUGAACUUCCUCAAGGCGUAUAAACGGCCUAUCCCUAGUAUUUACAACACUGUUCUGCAAGAAUUGAUUGUCCAACAGCAUUUGAUGAGGUAUAAGAGGACAUAUCGUUAUGACCCUGUUUUCGCUCUUGGUUUUGUUACUGUAUAUGAUCAGCUUAUGGAAGGGUACCCUAGCGAUGAGGAUCGUGAUGCCAUCUUCCAAGCAUACAUUAAGGCAUUGAAUGAAGAUCCAGAGCAAUAUAGAAUUGAUGCUCAAAAAUUGGAAGAGUGGGCUCGGUCUCAGACUGCAGCUUCAUUGGUUGAUUUUGCAUCAAGGGAAGGUGAAGUUGAGAGUACUUUGAAGGACAUUGCAGAACGAGCAGGGAGUAAGGGGAAUUUCAGUUACAGCCGAUUUUUUGCUAUUGGACUAUUUCGACUCCUUGAAUUGGCAAAUGCUACUGAACCCAGUAUCUUGGAAAAGCUCUGUGCUUCUUUAAACAUUGACAAAAAAGGUGUAGACCGAGACCUUGACGUAUACCGCAACCUGCUUUCAAAGUUGGUUCAGGCGAAAGAGCUCCUAAAGGAAUACGUCGAUAGAGAGAAGAAGAAAAGAGAUGAGAGGGCUGGGUCACAGACAGCUAAUGAGGCCAUAACUAAAUGCUUGGGAGAAUACAGCAUGCAGACUGGUUUAUAAGAGGUGAUUAUAGCACUGCCUAAUUUGAGAUAGACUUUGAGAGUUAAUAGCAAUAUUCUAAAUACCUAAUAGAUAUGCAUCUUUAAUGUAUUGUUGGGUCUCAUGCAUUUGGUAAAUUUUGUAUUCAGCCAGGCACUACCUUUAUUUCUCAUUUGAUAUAACACCACUCAAGCUAUUUUUUAAUCAUUUGUAUCAAAUAUUUAUAUUUUGAGUGCAAUUGUCAAUACAAAUGCUUUCGCACUCUGUGCAGUAAUCACUCUUCAAGGGAUAUUUGACCA